UAGUAGGUAAAAGUUUUAAAUUAAUGUUUAUUCUUCAUGAGCAAUUUGUACUAUGUUCUUGAUCUUGGAGGAAGAGAUCAGGGUGAGUUGUGGAGUCGAAAACCAGUGCCAAAUAAAGGAAAUGGUUCUUUUCUCUUGAUAAAUCAAAUCAUCAAAAGUAAAGGUUUGUUGUCAAAAGAAAACCAUGUAAGAUUUCUACACACAUCCUUUGAUGUUACAGGAGAAAGAAUUGCAACUGCAGAUCAUCUUGGAAAUGUUUAUGUAUUUAACUUAGACAAGAAUUGGUUUACGUUAGUAUGUAAAACAGGAAUACCGCUCACAAAUAUUGUUUGGAAUGCCUCUAGAAUAAAUGAAGUACUUAUUGGUUUGUCUAAUUAUGAGCUCAGAUGCUACAAUGUAGUAACAAAAGCUUUGGUAAGCAUUAUGAAAGGCCACACAUCAACUAUUCAUUCAAUUUCAAUCCGUAGAUGUGGCAGAUAUGCGUUAUCAUCCUCCUUUGAUACUACUAUUUUAUGGGAUUUAAACACAUAUACAAAGAGCAGAACACUAAUUGGCGCCCAAGAAGUUGGCGUACAGCAGGUUUUUUUCCUCUCUAACAGUAACAAGAUAGUGACAUGUUUUAAAGAUGACAGUUUGUUUAUUUGGGAUUCAGAAACAAUGAAGUGUUUGCACCAACUGCGUUCUUCUGUUGGAGCAAAACUUGGAUUUAAAUGUUUAUCAGUUACAAACGACAGCAGGAUCUUAGUUGCAGGUGGUAGGUCGCGUUACAUUUAUAUAUGGAAUUUGGAUAGCUAUCAGUUAAUUCAAAUAAUUGAAUUGCCAGAAAAAAUAACAGAGGUUCAACAUUUAGAGUUUGUGCAUGAUAACCUCUCUGUCAAUCAAAUGCAAUUACUUGCAAUACUUGGUCAAGAUGGAGUUCUUCGGUUUAUUGAUACGCAUUUGUGUAAACUUGAAGCAGAUGUUGGUUCAGCGGAAGAGAAAAUACAUAGUUUUACGCUUAGUAAAAAUGGUCGUUAUGUUGCAGCAAUACUAGAAAAUGGAAGCAUUCUUUUUUACAACAUAUCUAUUAUAUUAAAUCAUCUUCAUAAGGAUACACAACCUGUUAUACGCAAAGUGCAGCUGAAAAAAGAAAAUAAUACAUCACAAGAAAAAAAGAAAACAAGUGCUUUGAGUGGUCAUUCAAAUACUCAUGCUUCUAUGGCAACAGAAGAUAGCUUAUAUAGAGAGUUACCAAAGGGUUUAGACAUGAAAAAGUUAAGGAAAAUUUUAAAAGGUUUUGGUGAAUAUCCUGCUAAGUACAGAUUGUUUAUCUGGAAGACUAUUCUUCGUUUGCCAGAAAACCAUAUUGCAUUUGAUAUGUUAGCUAAAAAAGGAAUACACUCAUCUUUCGUUAAUAUUGGUGAGAAUUUUCCAAUUAAAAGUCAGAAGCUAUUAAGAAUGUUGCAAAAAGUCUUAUCAGCACUAGCAUACUGGUCACCAAUAUUUGGUGAAACAGAGUAUCUUCCUAUGAUGAUUUUUCCGAUCAUUAAAUUGUUUCCUAACAAUCAGCUGGUUUGCUUUGAAGUUGCAGCAACACUUCUAUUAACAUGGUGCCAAAAAUGGUUUGAAUUUUUUCCUAAUCCACCGCUGACCAUUCUAAACAUUGUUGAGACAAUGCUUGGUUAUCAUGAUCCAUCUUUACUCAAUCAUUUUAUUAAGCUUGAUGUUUCUACGCAACUUUAUGCAUGGCCAAUGCUAUACACACUCUUCUCAGAAAUAAUGACAAAAGAUGAAUGGCUUGUAGUUUGGGAUAACUUGUUUUCCAAUCAUCCUGCUUUUAUGUUAUAUUUUGCAGUGGCAUAUCUUAUUCAAUCAAGACAGUCUUUGUUUUCAACAAAAUUGAAAGAAGAUGUUGAAUUUUAUUUUCAUCAUCAUAAUGCUGUUGACAUUACCUUAGUAAUCAAAGAAACUUACCGAUUAUCAACCUCUACACCAGACCACCUUGAUCCCAAAAAAAUGCUUCAGGAUUUUAUUCCUUUAACUGAUGGACAAUACCCAAUAUUUGAUUGCUAUCCUUCAUUUGUUGUAGAUUAUCUUGUUGAAGAAAGAGAAAGAAUUAGAGAUGAAGAACUUGAAUAUCUAAGACAAAAGCAGCUGACUUUUGAGUUCAAAAAACAAAAAGAGCUGACAAACAAAGAAGAGGUAGCAUUUUAUCGAGAGCAAGACCAACUAUUAAAGGCUGAACAACAAAGACGAGAACUGAUCAUUAAAGAAGAAAAUAAAUUGGCAGAAAAGCGUAAAAAAUUGUUUGCUGUUAGAAGAGAGUUAGCUCUCCGCGAGUUAGAAUCACAUGAUAUUGUUCGUAGAAAGUUUCUGCAAUAUCAACGCAAUUUGAAAAACAUUGAAGUUCAAAGACUUGAUGAUGAACUAAAAAGGAAGAUUAUUCAAGGUCAACAAGAAUAUGAUGCUGUGUUAGAAACUGUAGAAAUUAAAGGACUGGAAAUUGAAGCUCAAAAAAGAAAAUUUCAACAGGAGUUGAUUAGAGAUAAAGUUAAUUCAUCUUUUCAAGCGAGAAAUAAGCAAUCUAUUAUACGCCAGCAUAAUGGCAAUGAGGAAAAUAAGUUUCGUCACGUAGUUGAACAAGCCUUAGAAAUAGAUGGAGAAACAAUCAAGGAAUUGCAAAAAGAAUUAGCAGCAAUUCAACUGAAAAGUCAAAACAUGCAAGUGAUGAAAGCUGCUGAAUUAAGAAACUCUAUUAUUAAUAAGAGUUUUGAUUUGAGAUCUAAAAAGCUUGAAGAACUGGAUUUUCAAAAUCAGCUUAAAUUAUUAGAAAUGGAAUCAGCAAUUAAAAACCAAAUCCAAAAAGAGGAAGAUGCUUUACUUGUAGAAGAUGUGUUACGUAAUGAUUAUACAGCAACACAAGUUCCAAUUGACUUGUUUAAAAGUAGCGAAAGUAGAGGACCAUUUGGAUCACAACAGAUGGACUUUCUGUCAAAUAUUAAAGACUUGCGUUUAAAAAUGGCUCACCGCAAAACGGGAUCUUAAAGCGUCAAAAGUUGUUGUAUAUAUAUAUAUUUUUUUUUGGAAUGUUAUUGUGUUUUUUAA